AUGGCGUCGCCAACUCCAAGCAGCAGCUGUAGCAGCAGUUCAGCGUCAUCCCACUCUUCUCCGUCCAGCUUCAACAUCGUCUCGACGCCCAUUGCCACCAACGAUCAGCACGUUUGUUUCAUCUGCCUACAGAAUGAAACAGACACGCCCAACGCGAGAUGGGUAAACGCCUGUCCAUGUACUCUCGAGGCCCAUGAGGAGUGUAUGUUGCGCUGGAUCGCCGAGAUGGAGGGUUCGAGCGACCAGCAAAAGACCGGGCAUAAGUGCCCUGCCUGCAAGGCGCCCAUCAUCAUUGAGGAGCCGUACGACCCCAUUGUUGCUUUUCGCGACAAGCUAUACCGAAAAUACAGCCGGAUAUCACCAUACAUUCUGCUCGUUAUUGUCUCUGGAGGUACUAUGGCUGGUGCUGCUGCUUACGGAUGGAGCGCGGCCUGCAUAUUCGCCGGUCACGACGCCGUUUCGCGCUGGUUUGGCACAUUUUCGCGUCGUAGAAUACCGUCAACCACGCUUAAGGUGGUAUUCCUGUCCGCACUUGGACCUGGGUUGGUGAUCACACGGUGGCUGUCCUCGCUAGGCACGGUUGUCCUCCUGCCCUUUAGUGUUUUGUACAGCGCCUCUUUGGUCGCUCGCGACGACCUUCCGACAUGGCCGCCAUCCCCCCAGUGGGCAAUCGCCAUGAUGCCCUAUGUCCAGCUCAGCUACAACUUCCUCUACUAUGACCUUUUUGGCUCACUAGAGAGGCGCUUGAAUAAUGCCCUGCGCGGCCGGCCGCCGACUGAAGAGGCGGCCCCUCGACAAGAGCAAGCACCUGCUGCUCCGGCCGCCCAACAAAACAACGUUCAGCCCCCCGAUGGCGUGUGGGGUGCUGUAGCUAAUGUCGGUCGUGCUUUUCUUAAUGUGUUCAUGGACCUUCCAGCAGCAGGGCCCCUAGAUGCCAUCGAUGUCGAGGCCGAGAUCGAGCUCAGGAUAGGAGGAGGUGAUGACAUCAACGACCAGGAAGGUCAAGGCAGGAAUAGAGCCGGGGAAGCAGCCGGCCAAGGGAACGGCGGAAACGGCGGACGGCCAGCACAACAACAGCAGCCGGCUCAAGCACAACCUGUUCAGCAAAACCAGCAACCGCAGCAAAAUCAAAACAACCAGAACCAGCAACGGAACAAUAAUAACAACGACGGUGAACCGUCCCUCCUAACCACCGUCAUCAACGGUAUCGUAACCUCCCUCCUCUUCCCAGCCAUCUCCUACGGCAUGGGCGAGCUGAUUAGGGCCGUGGUUCCCAAGGCGUGGGUGACGCCUCCGCGCUUCCGUCGGCCGGCUACGGGUAUCCUGCAGGAGCAAUGGGGCCGCAGCCUUGUUGGAGGGUGUCUCUUCGUCGUGCUUAAAGAUGCCUUCGCGCUGUACACUAAGUAUCGACGGGUGCAGGUUAAGGCGCAUCGGCGGGUAAAGAACGUAAAGAAGCCUGGGGGAGAGGGUCUGAGGGAUAGGUAA